AUGCCAGCGGCAACUUCCAGCGUCUGCGUGGAGUGCAAGGAAAAGGCUGGCCGAUACAAGUGUCCAGUCUGCCACCAACAGGGCAUCACAUGCAGUCUCACAUGUAGUAAGGCACACAAGGAGAAUGCUCAUGCAAGCUCCUCCAACCCGUCUGCGGGGCCGAAGCUCAGCAGGGGCAGCAGUACCACGGCCGUAGUUGCCUCCCAACCAUCAACGAGCAAGCUUGGGAACGCGUCUGAGAUAUCCGAGCCUACCUUAGUCACAAAAGCAAACAGCGAUAAGGGGCUCUAUGAGCUCAAUCAGGACUCGCUUUUAUCCGACUACUUGUUCCUAUCUCACAUGUCACGCAAUGUCAGCUCUAUCGGCCGUGCGCUCGCCUCCGAACAGUGGGCCGAUGGCGCAAUCAAAGCGAGCAAGUUGCAGACACACGCAGGACCGGCAGCGGCAGCUGAGCUCGCACUCUCCCAAAAGGAAGCAGAAGAGCGUCUGCUGCAAAUGCAACAGCAGCAAGAUAGAAGGGGAGCGAAAGGCAAGAGAAAAUUAGGUGACGGUGCAGGACUUAAUGGAAAGAGGCUUACUCGAAAUCAAGAGAGAAGAGAGCUAUUAGCCAAGCAAUGUCGAUACCUUCGACUGCCAAUACUUUUUCUUCCUGAGGGCAUGGGACUUGCAAAGAGCAAUAGAAGUACAUGGCUGAGAAGAGAGAGCCAGAUGGAAUAUACCGUGGAGUUCCGAACGCGCGCAUUUACUUCGUCUUCCAAGGAGAAUGAAUGGAAGGCUACACUUCACCGGCAGCCACCCGAAGCCAACCCGGUGGUAUGUUUACUGGAACACUUGGAGAGUCACAGUAGCGGCAGAAUAGCGAAACCAUCGCAUUGCGGUGGCGCGAGCAUCAAUAGUGUCAAGAAGCGGAUUCGCGGAAAGAGAGAUAGCUCCUCAGCAUCGAAACAGCAUGAUCAGAUGCUCGAGUCCGGUGCUGACCCUGGUAAAGGAGAAUCCGAUGGCGAUGGAGAUGGAGAUGGAAAGCAAGGAAAUUCGGCACUGGAAGCCGUGAGAGGUGACAAUCUUCGCCAAGAUCGAGAAUGGCAGAUCGAGGAUGACGCCUGGUUGCCAAUAUUGCGAGACCUGCAUGGCUGGAGCGCUACUCUAAAUAUCAAGGACCAGCAAACACUCUGCGGAUUCUUGGAAUCCCUUCCCGCGCCGACACCAAUAUCUCCGCUGAACAACAAGCGCUUACGGUUAAUCAAGCCAGAAUCUCUUCGCGGACUCUUUUCGCUAUGUGUACCGCUUACGCGCGUAGCACUGCGCAACGAAAGCAGCCAGAAGCAUUUGGAAUGGUACGAGCGGCAGCGCGCAAAAGGUGCGAUCGACAAGUACACGCCCUUUCUUGACACGGCUGCUGGUGGCUCUUCAGAAAAGCAGGCGGAAGUUCUUUCUGCUUUUUCAAGGAAAACGAAGCCAGAAGAGACGGAAGAACAACAUCAGCGAUGGCUGGCCACCGUACCAUCUGGGCCAAGAAGCAUGCGUGCUACCAAUCAGGAGACCUCGGUCGCUGCAUCUGACUCCAGCCUUGUCAAUACGGGUCUCCUGCAAAAGCUGUCAGCUCAGAUGAAGGCGCUUUCCCGGGACCAGUCCCUGCCACCUGCAGAAAAUGGUUGCGACACAUCUGACAAGGCCCAUGUCGAAUCCAUUAACAUUAGUCAGGCAUGGCCACUCGAAGCUGACGCAAAGGAUCCUGCGGCUGCAAGUUCUGCACCGGCGCCCAGCAAGUCGGCAUCUAGUCGCACACUGCUGCGAGUACCCAUUCUCGACACAAAUGAGCCGAGCAAAGGGAUUCAAGAACUGCUGCAACACUGCCCCUCAGGCUAUGGUGUUGUGGAGUAUCCCAUCUUCGAAAUCUGGCUGCAACACGAUCUCGAUGCGGCUGUUCACCAAGGCUUGAUCAAAUUGCUCAAUUUCGAGAAAGGAAAGAAGGCAAGUGGCGAACGCCAGGACGGCAGCGAGUCUAGUAGCGAUGGCAGCGGGAGCGAAAGCGAGGUCGAUAGCGGCUCUUCAUCCAGUGGCUCUUCGACUGUCAGCUCUAAAUCGAGUGAGAUUCAAAUCACCUCAGAAAGGGUAACUGCCACGGCAAAAAAGAGAGCUCUCGAGCCUGCAUCUGUUGCGCCGGAAAGCGCACGAAAGACAGCCAAAUGGGCUUCAGGGCCGAGCGUUGCCUUGGGCUUGGGGCACUACGGAUCAGACACCGACUCGGACUCGGAAGCUGGAGAUAACGCAGCUGCAUCCGCUUCAAAUGAGGCUAAAGGAGAGCAUUCUAAGGUUGAAACGCCAAGAGCUGAUCUGGUCCAUCCAGCGACAAAAUUGAUUGGAGCGUAUGCGGAAAGUACCGAUGAUGAUGAAGAAGACGACGCUCCGCCAGACGGAGAAACUCACACUACGGCGCACGCUGGCCUUGCUUCUCUCGCCCAGCAACUUGGCUUUGCUCCGCCAAAGCCCCCCUCACCCCCAAGGUCACCUUUGACGACGCCGACCGAACGCGAAGGGCAGGCUGAGCCCGGCGUCGAAGGAGGAGUCUUUGCAGAAGAUAGCCUGAUUUGGUCGGACGAAGAAUAGGUCCUGGCGCUGCUGUCAUGCCUUGAAUGUGCGCAAACCUGGCUGUUGUAGACAUAUAUAACAACAGCAACUCUAAUCGGCGCGGCCGGCUCGUGCGGGUAUGAGCUUCGCAGUGAGAUUUGCUGAGUUUCAUGUAUGCUAGAAUCAUUGGGCAAUUCAAGUGCAGCCAAGAGGCUUGCGCCGGCUUUCAGCAGAGCUUGAGGUGGCGGGAAAGUGUUGGCAACGUCUGUGUCUGCUAAUCAGAUUGCAACAUAAGGGUUCGUGCCAGCGAUCUGAGCGUCAUCAUCGGCAAGGGUAUGGCACUUUCCCCAGCUUGAGGAGAGCGCAUACCUAAAGUGGCCAUCGGCGUUGCAAUGCGUUGGCAUGUUGUGAACGGGGAUGCUUCAAAUAAAACUUGUUCAUGUCCC